GCAUGCGCGGCGGCGGCGCUCAAUGGCGGGGCGAGCCGGCCUGGCGGAAGCCACCGUUCCAACAUGGCGGCCGAGGCGGACGGGCUGUUCCGACGGGUGCUGGUGCCGAUUCUUCUGCCUGAGAAGUGCUACGACCAACUCUUCGUCCAGUGGGACCUGCUUCACGUUCCCUGCCUCAAGAUUCUCCUCAGCAAAGGCCUUGGGCUGGGCAUCGUGGCCGGGUCACUUCUGGUAAAGCUGCCCCAGAUACUUAAGAUCCUGGGAGCCAAGAGUGCCGAGGGACUGAGUCUCCAGGCCGUGAUGCUAGAGCUAGUGGCGCUGACGGGAACUGUGGUCUACAGCAUCACCAACAACUUCCCCUUCAGGAGUCGCUUUCCUCGCCUGCUACGCGAUGCUCCUGCUGGCGCUGCUCUCGCCACUCACACCUCUGGCUCUAGUCACCCUGCUCCAGGCCUCCAAUGUCCCUGCCGUGGUGGCGGGGAAGUUGCUGCAGGCAGUCACCAACUACCGAAACGGGCACACGGGCCAGCUCUCGGCCAUCACAGUGUUCAUGCUGUUUGGGGGCGCCUUGGCCCGCAUCUUCACUUCGGUUCAGGAAACUGGAGACCCGCUCAUGGCUGGCAUCUUUGUGGUCUCCUCCCUCUGCAAUGGUCUCAUUGCUGCCCAGGUCCUCUUCUACUGGAACGCAAAGCCUCCCCACAAACAGAAAAAGGAGCAAUAGUGUGGAGCCAGCAUCCAGAAGCAUUCCAUUUCCACCAUCCACUCAACUAUCUUCCUCCAUUCCUCAACUGCACUUCCUGAGCCAGGGUUUGUGUAAACACUGAUUUCACCAACUGGCUGAGGUGCCUCCCUGGAAGCAGCUGUUUUCUUACCGGACGGAGCAGAAGCUUGCCUUGUCCACUUACCUUCCUUCUGGACGGGGGGGGACAGAGCCUGGACAGAUGUGGUUGUGAGCUUGUGGCUGCUUCCCUUUGCCCCCUGGCUGGGACAAUCUAUUGGACCCCGAUUCUGGAGGUGGGGGAGGGGAGAAUGACUCAGAUAAGGGCCUCAGGGUGGGGUGGGGAGGCUCCUGCUGGGGCAGGUCCAGAGGAAGGGUGGAGAGGCAGGGGUUGCUGUAGUGGUGAGCGUAAAGAUGGGCAGGCAAUAAAGACUCGGAGACGUACUUUGAUUGUACAAAA